CUUUGCCAGCAGCCCUUUCAGGAUCUCUGUGUCUGUCGCUGGUUGAUUGAGGUGGGCCAGUGAAUUUACUCGAGCCUGUCCAAAUAGAUUACUCCGAUAUCUUCGACCCAAUUGAGCCUAUUCCUCCUCGUACCAUUGACCAACGCCCCUCUGUCUAUCAUGGCUCUCUUUCGGAAUCCCAGAACUGCCGCCGUGCAGCUCCGCGGCUUCGCGACCUCAUCCUCUCUGCGAGUCGGACCUGAGUCUCCCAGCUUCAUUGAUGUGCCUCGGGUCCUUCAGCCUAACCUCCCUUCCAAGCCCCGCGUCAAGGGUGUCCUUCCAGUCCCUCGCGAAAUCUUUCCUUCCCGCCGCACGGACAAGCCCACGGAAGCGUACAUUUCCGCCGCUACGCCAUUGCCGACCAAAGAGAAAAGAGCCGACCCCAAUGACCCUAACUACGAAUACAUCGAACAGAAGAAGCAAAUGGCUGAGAUGCGAAGACAGAACCUCCGGGAAGGUCUGCUGGAACUGCAUGCCCGCAAGCAGGCAACCGACAAGACGAUGAAGUGGCGGAGCGAGCAGAAGCAACAAUUACGAGAACAGGUCCUACGGCAGCCAGAGAGACUUGACGUGCAGCUGACUCAAAACACCAUUGUCAAAGCCAUGUUGCCCAAGCGCACGCCGGUGUUGCCGUGUCCCGGAAAGGAAGCUCUUCUUCGCAAGUCCACGAGACGGUUUCAACGCAAACAAGCCCAGAAGAAGGCCGCGCGUGGCGAACACUUGCACGAAUUGUACAUGAACGCGCGUCAGUUCAUAGUCGACGAGACCCAGCUUGCCGCCGAGAUUGAAAGAGUUUUCCCUGACGACCAUAAUCCGGCAUGGCGCAGUGAUCAGCAGGAGGGUAAGAACAUCUGGAACCUGGGUUACCCUCAGACCGUCUCCAGUCUUGUCAACGAGGGGACCAAGACUGAAUCUGCUCGCUUCAAUGCUAUCCAAGCCAGAAUCAAGAAGCUUGGAGAGGAGAUUACCGGUGGUAAGUUUUAGUGGGCUAUGUUAUAGGGAGGGUUGUACAUUACGUUCGAUGUCAUACAAUUCGGUGUUUUUGAUUCUGUUAAACAAUUUCAUAUGGGUUUGUGUUAGCUUUCCCUUUUUUGUACACCUAGGUCCAUCAUAUCCCAUUGCGGAGACCUCUGUUUCUAUACUCCAGAAGGGCACCCAAAAUUCCAUACGAGAACGCCAUC